ACAGCGUCUUGUCCACCAUGCCAUCAGACUCGGAAAGCAGCAGCUCUCUCAGCAGCUUAGCCUCCUCCCCUCCACCCGCCCACAUGGACAGCCACCAGGUGCAAGAGAAGAUGGAGACCGUCCUGUUACAGCUUCGACAUGUGACCCGUGAGCGGGAUGAAUUACGCAAACGUCUGGCGCUGUCUUCACCCGGAACCACCUUCGAUGACUGCAGACCAAACUCAAAAGCAGGUCAUGACUAUGAGCGUCUGAAGCUGCAGUGCAUGAAGGCGAUGGCAGACCUGCAAUCCCUGCAGAACCAGCACAGCACUACCCUGAAGAGGUGCGAGGAGGCUGUGAAGAAAGCAGACUUCUAUCAUACGCUGCACAGCCGCCUGGCGAGCGAGCACACCCAACUGAAAGAGGAGCUGGAGGCUGUGAGACAAGACAACAUCCAGCUGGUCAGGGAGCACAACCACAUGAAGCAGGCCUGCGAGGAGCUGAGGAGGCUACACGACGACGACCAGAGAGAAGUGACUGACAUGAGGAUGCUGCACCACCAGGUGAUGAGAGAAGGGUCAUCUGAUGUCCUCAACAAGCUGUAUGACACAGCUGUGGACAAAUUGGAGGCCAUGAAGAGUGACUACGAAGCUCUGAGGAAGCGCUACAACGAGAAGACGGCUGGUCACAACGCAGACCUGAGUCGCCUGGAUCAGACCGAGGAGGAGAACCAUCGUCUACAGAAACAGCUGGACAUGCUGCUGAAGCAGAGGGAUGCUGCCAUCCUCUAUCAGCAGCAGUACUCGUCAUCUAUAAGAAGGUUUGACAGCACACAGCAAGAACUGUCCAAGGCUGCAGCCCAGAACAAGGAGUUGCAGCGAGAGAUGGAUCGGCUGCAGUCAGAGGUGACGCGAUUCAAGACCCAGCAGCUCAAAGCACUAAAGGACUGUGAGAAAUACAAAGAGGAGCGGGACUCUGUGAUCAACGAGUACCGCCUGAUCAUGAGUGAGCGGGACCAGGUGAUCAAAGAGGUGGACAGGCUUCAGACCGGGCUGGAGAUGGCAGAGGCCAAGUUGAAGAACACUUCCUCAGAGAGAAGGGUGGCCAAUGAGGAGCUAGAGGCUCUUCGACAGGAGCUGGCCUCAGCACUUGUGGACAGAGACCGGGCUAUCUGUGAAAAGAACGAACUGCUGGAGAAAUACUGCCAUGAGGUGAAGGACAAGGCCGAGGCCCAGAAGGAGCUGAGCCAGGCCUGCAAGGACAUUGAGACGGUGCGUGAGGAGAGAGACGUGGCCCGUAAAGAGAGGACCGAGGCCAUCAUCCAAAGGGACCAGCUGCUGCGAGAGUAUUACCAGGCCAGACAGCAACAAGACUCUGCCACUCUGGAUAAGGAACGAGCCAACAAGGAGAUUGAGAUGUUGAGGAAGCAGUAUGAGGCCAUCUCUCAGGAGCUGAAAGAGGCCCUGCAAGAGGCCGAGGUAGCAAAGUGUCGACGAGACUGGGCCUUUCAGGAGAGGGACAAGAUAGUGGCAGAGAGAGAAAGUAUACGCACGCUAUGUGACAACCUGAGGCGGGAGAGGGACAGAGCUGUGAGUGAUCUGGCAGAUGCUUUAAGGAAUCUUGAUGACACAAGGAAACAGAAGAACGACGCUGCACGUGAGCUCAAGGAACUGAAAGAAAAGAUGGAGGACCAAUUAGAAAAGGAAGCAAGGUUUCGUCAGCUAAUGGCUCACAGUUCACACGAUUCGGCCAUCGAUACAGAUUCAAUCGAAUGGGAGACGGAAGUAGUAGAAUUUGAGAAACACAGAGACAUGGAUUUGAAAGCACUUGGGUUUGAUAUUGCUGAAGGGGUAAAUGAUCCUUAUUUACCAGGAGAUUGCGGCAUAUUUGUCAGUAAAGUGGAUAAAGGAAGUAUUGCUGAAGGAAGAUUAAGGGUGAAUGAUUGGUUGUUGAAAAUUAAUAAUGUAGACCUGACCAAUAAGGAUAGGAAGCAGGUGAUCAAAGCAGUAAUGAGUGGAGAGGGAGUGAUCAAUAUGGUGGUUCGCAGAAGGAAGUCACUAGGAGGACGGAUUAUCACUCCGAUCCAGAUAAACCUCACUGGGCAACAAGACUGUGGCAUAGGCCUGGAAAGUGGAGUGUUUGUUGCCACGUUGGCUCCAGGCAGUCCAGCUGUCAGAGACGGAGCUCUCACCAUUGGGGAUAGACUGUUAGCUAUUAAUGGAAUCACACUUGAUAACAAGUUGCUCUCUGAAUGUGAAGCUCUAUUGAGGAACUGCUGUGAUUCUCUCAGCAUCUCCCUCAUGAAGUUCCUCCCACAGAGCUACUCCGGUCAGAGUUUAUUUGAAAGUUUGAGAGACUCGGAAAAGACCUCUAGGCUCCAGUCCUGUGACAUCCACACCAAGAACUGCAGGAACUCUAAACAUAACUGCUCCAAGCACAACUGCUCCACACAAACAGACAUUUGCAGCUGUGAUGAUGAUGCGUGUAAGGAUACAGGUGAUUCCCUGGACAGCAGCAGCGGUAGCAGCAUCCAUUGCCACCACAAACCCCUUUCCAACAGCUCUCUACACUCCCGCUCCCAUUCUCACCAAGGAACGUCCUCCUCCCCCCACAGUCUUUCAGAGCCCCAUCCAGACUUUUGCUACAGGAGGCAGGAACUGCACCGUCGCCCCCUCACAUUCACCCCCGUGCACUCCGACUGCAGCACCCCGCAGAGCGCUGUGGACCGAGGGCAGAGCUCACCAGCUAAGCCUAGUGGAGGCACAUGGCCAAAAGUCAUAGCGGGAGCUUCUGUUCCUGAGUUCCAGCUCUCCAUCUACAAAAAACCUAAACCCAAACAGAGGAAGUCUAUCUUUGACGUGAAUGUUUUCAGAAGACCCGAAGCAUCUCCAAAACUGGACUACAUGUCUCUUUCCCAGCUGCCCAAACACUCACCGCAGAGCUCGGUAUCUGAAUCCACCACAACACCCCCCACCCCUCCCGCCAGGAGUGACUCGUUCAGGUUCAAACAUCGCCAGCAGAAUAGCUCGGCAUCAGACUCAACCAUCACCACCAGCGUUCCCCCAGUCUCUCAAGCUACAAGCCCACAGGAUGAGGGAGAGGCAGGAGGUCAGCUCUAUUACACUGAUGCUCCUUCAGGAGAGUCGAUCACUGCUCCCAAGAAACCUGUGGAGAAAGGGGGGACUCGACGCAGGCCAGAGGAGCAGGAAAAGAGGAGGUACCGGCCAAAAUCGGCACCGGCGCUGCGGCGAAAUGUGACUCCAUUACACAUUCCUGUUCCCAUGCAGGUACAGAGUUUCUCUAACGACGAGCACUCCCCUGAGCCGAUGGACUUGUUACGCUUCUCUCCUAUGCGAACUAAUCGGUACAGCAUGCCCUUUGCACCCCCCAGCUACAGCAGCAUCACAGCACACCCAGCACAGCGAGGUUUAGCCCCGUGUCCUGCUGUGACAGCUGUGAUGAGGAACCCGGUCUACACUGCCUGGAGCCAUGAGAUCGAUACCAACAACUGCCCUCCAGCACCCAGUUCAGGCGUCCACACACAUUCACAUACAAGCCCCCAGCAUCAAGGUCACCUCAGUUUAGACCUCAGUCACAAGCGCACUGGAGACAUGACUGAGACAAGCUGCAGCCAACCACAACACAGCACCAACUCUCUCCCCUCCAGUUCCAGACUGGGCUCCUUAAAUACUUCACAGUUUAGGGCAGAACGCAUCAAGAUCCCCCCAACUCGUUAUCCCCGCUCCACUGGAUCUGACAGAGGCUCCCUUUCCCACUCGGAGUGUAGCAGCCCGACACCUCCAAUGUCUCCUGUCAACCUGGACACAUCAUCUUUCACCAGCAGCCAAUCACAAAGCUCCAUUUCCACCCAGCCCAGAAUAUCAGUCAGCCCUGCUCCAGUUGGUGACAGGCGGAAGGAUGGGCCAUACCUGGAGGAGCCACGCAAUGUUACGGUGCAGAAAGGAGCAGAACCACUUGGGAUCUCCAUUGUGAGUGGAGAGAACGGUGGAGUGUUUGUGUCCAAAGUGACAGCAGGCAGCAUCGCACACCAAGCUCGUUUAAAGUACGGAGACCAACUCCUCGAGUUUAAUGGAAUCAACCUCCGGAAUGCCAACGAGCAGCAGGCGCGACUGGUGAUCGGGCAGCAAUGUGACACUGUCACCAUUUUAGCUCAGUAUAAUCCUCACAUGGUUCAGCUGGGCAACCACUCUCGUUCAGGAUCUCUGAUGGAGUCCAUCAGCAACCAGCCAACUCCUCAGGACAGUGGAGCCAACACUCCAGAUAAUCACUCCACUGUCGAUACGCUUAGUGAGCAAGAUGAAGGCACCAUGACACCACCAUCCAAACAGACAACUCCUGCCACCAGCCCUCACAGCUCCUUUAGGCUUCCUGGUUCGAGUUUGCACCGGGCCACAGAGCCUCGACUGGUGAGGUUGAAGAGGAUCCAGGUGGAGCUAGGAGUUCAGAUCUGUGGAGGAAACCUGUGUGGCAUCUUUGUGGAGAGUCUGGAUGAUGACAGCCCUGCUAAAAGUCCUGAUGGCCUGCUGCCUGGAGACUUGAUACUGGAGUACAAUGGCGUCGGCAUGAAGAACAAAACAAAAGAAGAGGCUUACCUGGAAAUGUUAAAACCAGCUGAAACAAUCACAUUCAAGGUCCAGAACUGUAUGGAAGAACUGGCUGCGAUAAAAGAGAUGCCUGGAGAUGGAUUUUUUAUAAGAGCACUUUAUGAGAGGGUGGCAGAGGUGGAGCAGGAGCUCAGCUUUAAGAAAGAUGACAUCCUGUAUGUUGAAGAUACACUACCUAAUGGCAACUUUGGCUAUUGGAUGGCCUGGCAACUUGACGAGAAAGCACAGAAGCUGGAAAAAGGGCAGAUUCCAAGUAAAUACAUGAUGGACCAGGAGUUCUACAGGAGACACGGCAUGGCUGAUAUGAAAGAUGACAAUGGCACCAGUAAGAGUCUGUCUGCAGCUGCGAGGAGGUCCUUCUUCCGUCGAAGGCUGAAGCACAAACGCAGCGGAUCCAAGGAUGGGAAGGAUCUCAUGGCUCUGGAUGCCAUAAGCACAGAUUCUUUACCAAUCACAGAGGACGGAGUGAGUCUGAUGUACCAGCGAGUUCAGAAGGUGGACUCCCUGUUUCCCAGACCAGUGCUGGUCAUGGGUCCGUUAGUGGAGGCCAGUAAGGACAUGCUGGAGAAGGAAGUUCCUGACAAAUUCUGUCGCUGUCUGCCUGAGAUUAUGAAGGCAUCUCAGCAGGCGAUUGAGCGGGGUGUGAAGGAUUGUGUGUUCAUUGACUACAAACGGCGGAGUGGCCAUUUUGACGUGACAACUGUGGCAUCAAUAAAAGAGAUCACAGAGAAGGACUGUCACUGUUUACUUGACAUUGCCCCUCACGCCAUCGAACGUCUUCACAGCGUUCACAUCUAUCCAAUCGUCAUAUUCAUACGCUACAAGAAUGCCAAGCAGAUAAAAGAGCAGAAGGACCCUUUGUACCUGCGGGAUAAACUCUCUCAGAAACAUUCCAAGGAGCAGUUUGAGGCGGCGCAGAAAACGGAGCAGGAUUACAGCCGCUUCUUCACAGGCGUUGUCCAAGGAGGUAGCGUCUCCUACAUUUGCACUCAGAUCAUGACCAUUGUGGAGCAGGAACAGAAUAAAGUACUGUGGAUCCCAGAUGGAGCACCAUAGAAAUCGUACUUCUCACCGAAUGCUUCUUCCAAAUAUCAGAGAAGAAUGUACAGCUUACAAAGUUUUAUUUUAUUUUGGGAUACGCGGCGAAUCGGUACAUCUAAAAGACAACACGGUUAACUCCGAUACUGUUUCACAUAUAGCAAUAUCAGCACUGAUGAUCAUGUAAUAUUCCCACUACAAUAGUGAUGUACUGUACUACAGCUAGAUUUGUUUACACUAGUAUUUAAUACAAUGCUUACUUGAAUGUUUUACUUCCCCUUAUAUCUAGUAGCACUCCUUUAAUCCCACUUUGGAUAUGUUGGACCACAGGAAGUCUGUUUUGAUGCAAACUGAAGACUUUUAUUCUAUAAGCGAAGAUGGAUGGACCACUGCGUUCCCUUCUCUAUAUUUAUAUGUAUUUUCCUGCCAUUUAAUUUAUCUAAUCAAAUCAAAGAUGUUGGUUAUAAACCUUUUGUUAUACAGAUGUAGCUGUCUAGUUAAUAGAAAGGAUUUUUUUUCCAAUUAAUGUUCUUAUUUAUAGAGAAACUGGGGCAAAUUUGCUUCCUUCACAUUGCAGUUCUUUGCUGUUUUGUAUCUAUUUUGUUCUCUUAAUUCACCCCCCCACCCUCCACCCCCCUCCCCUCUGUUGACAUCAUUUCAGUCCUCAAACAUAAUAUCGUGCCAAGCUUGAAAUAUUUGCUAAUCACUGUCUAUUCUGGAUUUAUUAACACUACAACUUCCUUAAUAAAUCCUACUGCAGGUAUGAUAGUUUCAUCACAAAGUCCCAAUGUAUGUGUUCUACUGAUAUUGCCAAUAUUGAUAUAAAUAUUGUUCAUCUUCUUCAAGUGGAAUUUUAAGAAGGGAUAUUUUAUUUCUGGUUGGCGGUUGGCUGUCAGUUAAACAUUGUGUGAUUUUUCACGUUAUCAAGUUGAAUGAAACACUUAAGUUCAGAUUUUCUCCUAAAUGAAGGUUAAUAUUUCUACAAAAUAUUAAAACAGUUAAUGGAAU